AUGGCCCGGUUCCAGUCUUUGCUCUCUUUCCUCGCCCUUUCUGCCGCGGCUUCUGUCCACGCCGCCAUAGGCCCCGUUGCCGACCUCACUGUCACCGACGCCCAGAUCAGCCCCGACGGUUUCCUGCGCGAUGCCGUCGUCACCAACGGUCUCAUGCCUGGGCCGCUAAUUGCUGGCAAGAUGGGAGACAAUUUCCGGCUGAACCUCAUCAACCAGAUGACCAACCAUACCAUGCUCAAGACCACCAGUAUCCACUGGCACGGUUUCUUCCAGGCCGGCACCAACUGGGCCGACGGCCCCGCCUUUGUCAACCAGUGUCCCAUCGCCUCUGGCCACUCCUUCCUGUACGACUUCAGUGUUCCCGGCCAGGCCGGCACGUUCUGGUACCACAGCCAUCUGUCAACCCAGUACUGCGAUGGUCUUCGCGGUCCUAUGGUGGUCUACGAUCCCUACGACCCGCAUGCUAGCCUUUAUGACGUUGAUGACGACAGCACCGUAAUCACUCUGGUUGAUUGGUACCACACCGCAGCCAAGCUCGGUUCUCGUUUCCCGGCCUCUGAUUCGACACUUAUUAACGGACUGGGCCGGAGCCCUGCGACGCCCAAUGCUAACCUUUCGGUGAUCACGGUCACUCGGGGCAAGCGAUACCGUUUCCGUCUGGUGUCCCUGUCAUGCGACCCGAACUACAAGUUCAGUAUCGACAACCAUACGAUGACCGUCAUCGAGGCCGACUCCGUCUCCACCCAACCCAUCACAGUCGACAGCAUCCAAAUCUUUGCCGCCCAGCGCUACUCGUUUGUGCUCACCGCGAACCAGAACUCCAGCGGCACGUACUGGAUCCGCGCGAACCCCAACGUCGGCAACACCGGUUUUGCGGAUGGGAUCAACUCCGCCAUCCUCCAUUACGAUGAUAUGCCGCUCGUCGAGCCUGCGGCCUCUAACGCACCGACGUCCCUGACACCACUCGUCGAGUCGGACAUGCACUCCCUUGAUGACCUCGUUGUGCCCGGUGAACCUGUCACGGGCGGUGUUGACCUCGCACUGAACAUGGUCUUCAACUUCAACGGCACCAACUUCUUCAUCAACAACGCGACCUUCACCCCGCCGACCGUGCCUGUGCUGCUCCAGAUCAUUUCUGGCACGCAGAACGCCCACGACCUCUUGCCCGCCGGCUCCGUGUACUCCCUCCCGUCGAACUCGUCGAUCGAGAUCUCGUUCCCCGCGACCUCGAACGCCCCCGGCGCCCCGCACCCGUUCCACUUGCACGGACACGCCUUCGCCGUCGUCCGCUCCGCGGGCCAGACGGACUACAACUACGUCAACCCCGUCUGGCGCGACGUGGUGAGCACCGGGACCCCGGCCGCGGGCGACAACGUCACGAUCCGGUUCUCGACGAACAACCCCGGGCCGUGGUUCCUCCACUGCCACAUCGACUUCCACCUCGACGCCGGGUUCGCGGUCGUGAUGGCGGAGGACAUCCCGGACGUCGCGUUGGCCAACCCUGUCCCGCAGGCGUGGUCGGAGCUCUGCCCGAUCUACAAUGCGCUCGACUCCUCUGACCAGUAG